CCGCUUCCGCCUUCCCGCGGGCUGUCCGGUGGUGGCGGCGGCGGGAAGGCCGAGCGGUGGAGAUGGCGUCGCUGCUGCCGCGUAUCGAACGGCUCUCGUCGCGCGUGGUGCGGGUGCUGGGCUGCAACCCUGGGCCUAUGACUCUGCAGGGCACCAACACCUAUCUGGUGGGCACCGGGCUCAGAAGAAUCCUCAUUGACACAGGCGAGCCAGCUAUUCCUGAGUAUAUUGGCUGCUUGAAGCAGGCCCUGUCCGAGUUCAACAUCUCAAUUCAAGAGAUCUUGGUGACACACUGGCAUCGUGAUCAUACCGGUGGAAUACCUGACAUCUGCACAAACAUCCCGAAUGACUCUGAAUAUCGCAUCUGUAAGCUUCCUCGUGUCCCUCACUGUGAAGAAAUAAUAGGAGAUGGAGGAUAUAAAUAUUUAUAUCUUAAAGAUGGGGAUGUGAUACAGACAGAGGGAGCCACACUCAGAGUUUUAUAUACACCCGGGCACACUGAUGAUCAUAUGUCUUUACAUCUAGAAGAAGAAAAUGCUAUAUUUUCUGGUGACUGUAUUUUAGGGGAAGGAACAACAGUAAUUGAAGACCUGUAUGAUUACAUGAAAAGUUUGAAAAUGUUAUUACAAAUGAAACCAGAUUUAAUAUAUCCAGGCCAUGGCCCAGUGGUCCGUGAUGCAAAUGCUAGAAUUCAAGGAUACAUUUCUCACCGAAAUGCACGUGAAGAGCAAAUUCUGAAUGUUUUCAAGAAGAAUGCUGGAAAAUCAUAUACAUCUUCAGAGCUUCUGAAGAUAGUGUACAAGGACAUUCCUGAAAAUUUACUUCUAGCAGCAGAAAACAACCUCAUAGUCCACUUGAAGAAGUUGGAAAAGGAAGGAAAAGUGUUACGUGAUGCAUCUCUCAGCUUCAGAUGGAGAAACAAUCUGUAGCUUACACAAGAUUGCUCGAGAGCAUUUUCAGUCUGCAUGGUUGCUGCGUGAAAGAAGAGAAUGAUGAGCUCGGAGGAUAUGUGAAGUAAAAGUCUUUCAUUUGUUUUUUAGGUUCUAACAAUUUAAAAGUGAUGUUUAUUAAACAACAAAUUGGAGAUUGUAUAAACAAAUCUGUAGUAAAAAGAACAAAGAUCAGAUACUUCAGCUGCUUCUGUUGUGCUUUUCAAAAAGUGAUUCUGAUGGUAACUUCUCUGUAAAUUCUAAAAACAACCAAUUUUUGCUAGCAAGUGGAAAUACUGUUUUUCAUAUUCUUUUCCAUAAUGUAACUGUCUGUGCACGUUUUUGUUGGCAGUAUGUUUUAACUGAGAGUACUUCCAGAUAUAUCUGUUUGCUCAUGGAAACAUCAUUUCUGUGAAAUUUAAAGGAUCAUUAAUUUCACCUAAUUAAUGUCAAAACACACACAGCAUUAAGACAGACUUUAAUUCUAUAUCUUCUAAGUUUCUGCAAGAAUGUGUUUAAAAAGCUACUUAAAUCAAAAUAUAUAUUGUAAACAAUAUGAGGUUAUGUUUUUCUACCACUUUAUAACAAGCUUAGAAUUGUGUUAUUAACACCAUUUAAAGAACAAAUAUCUUAACUAAAGGUUGUAUUUGGUUAUAAGGUACUGAGUAGUUGUAGAAAAAUGUUUGCAGAUGAAUUCAAACUUUAGUUUUCUGUGUAGCUUUCAGAGUAAUAUAUAAAUGUUUGUAUUAUAUUGUGCAUUUAACAUAUGUUUUUGGUUCACUUUUCUAAUGCUGGUCCAACCUUAAAGAGAUGUUUAAAGGUACUAAAGACAGAUGUAUGUUCUUGAAAAUCCUUGAGAACCUUUCAAGUUCCUCCUGUAUCUUCAUUUGUGGAACAUGUGUAUGUUUGGGUGUUUUUAGUAGGCACAGCUUAAUAGUUAUCAGUAUCUGAUGAAGUUGAUAACAUUUGUUCAUAACGAUGGCUUUUUGCUUCAGGAGAAGAGAAAUUUAAGUGAAAUGGUACAGUUUUGUCAUGGUGGGAAGCCUGAGAACCUAAAACACAGUAGGGUUUAGUAUGAAGUGAUGAUGUCUCAUUACCUUCCAAGCUAAAGAAAGCUACUGGCAUCCCAAAUGUCACUGCACCAUUUUCUUCUGUUUGACUGUGUUUAUGGAAAAUUCUUCAGAACUGAGUUAAAUUGCAGAUAGUAAAGAAAGAGAUGUGAUGCAAAGAACUACAUUACAUAUUCCAUGCUGUGAUGCAGCUGACGUCUAAAGCUCAUGAGAGGUGAGGGAAAUAGCAGUUUGACCAGACUUGAGUUGUUUCGUGAUAUAGAUGGUGCCUGAAAUAUUAAAAGCAGAGGUUGCUUUACUAAGA